GAAUCGUGUCGCAUGAAAUAGAACCUUGAAACUGUAAAUUAUCGUAAAAAGUCAUGACACCGAAAACAUUGAGUACAGAACAGAACGACGAGACAAAACGUGUGAUGAUAAUGAACCGAGGUCCAUAAACUGGGGACCGUGUACACUUGAGGUUAAUCUUUCUCGGUAUCACGCUCCAAAUGCUUGCGUAGUUUCAUCGUAAUUUUGUUCGAGUGCCUGGUUUUUCUAUUAGCUGAUGAAUUUCGAAUCAUUCUGUGGAACCGCAUAGUUAAACGACUGUCAAGCAUUUUCUAGCCGUUUGCUGACAAAACAACAUUGAUAUGGCAGAUUUCGCGUUAAACGGAUUUAGCAGCGAUCAAACUGAAAAGAUCCUGCAGUUUCAGGAUUUAACAGGCAUCGAGGAUCUAUCAAUUUGCAGAGAUGUUUUACAAAGACACAAUUGGAAUUUGGAGGUUGCAGUUCAGGAACAACUAAAUUUGUAUGAAGGAAGACCAUCUAUGUAUGCACAGGAUUCAAGAUCAAGACCACCACAAGUUGUUGAUGAUAGUAGUUCUAGAAUAUAUUUUCAUUAUUCUGGAAGCCCUAAUGGCAGGGGUAGUUAUUUAUGGUACAUCUUUUCAUUCUGUUAUGAAAGAGUGAUCAGCAUCUUGCAACUACUUCUUUCAAUAUUUAGGAGAAAUGUUAGACCUGUAUCUUCUGAUCCUGUGGAAGAUGUGAUUAGCUUCAUUCGAUCCUAUGAAGAAGCCUAUGGUAACAGUCAUCCUGUUUUUUAUCAGGGUUCUUAUAGCCAAGCUCUUUCUGAUGCAAAACAAGAAUUAAGGUUUUUAUUGGUAUAUUUACAUAAAGAUGAAGCUCAAAAUAUUGAUCAAUGGUGCAGGAAUACAUUAGGUAAUCUACAAAUUAUUCAAUAUAUAAAUAUACACACCUUAUUUUGGGCAUGUAAUGUGCAAUCAGGUGAAGGUUACAAAGUAGCAGAAGCUCUAAAAUCUGGUUCUUACCCUUUUCUGGCUGUUAUCGUUUUAAAAGAUAAUAAAAUGACAGUAGUUGGCAGGAUGGAAGGUACACCAUCACCUUCUGAAUUAAUAUUUCGCUUACAAACAAUUAUAGACCACAACGAAAUUAAUUUAAUACAAGCCCGUCAAGAAAGGGCAGAACGUAGUGCUGCGCAAUCUUUGCGUCAACAACAAGAUCAGGCAUACGAGGAAUCACUACGUGCGGAUCAAGAAAAAGAUCGGAGGAGAGAAGAGGAACGACGAGCACGCGAAGAACAAGAGGCCAGAGAAAAAGAACAAUUAAAUGCACAAGAAAUGGAAAUUCAACGCAUUCGUCGCGAGAAAGAACUUACUGUUUGUAAAGUGCCUCUCGAACCAGAGCCUACUAAUCCUAAUGCGUGUCAUCUUCAAAUUAAGCUUGGUGAAAGGACAAUGAAAAGACGUUUUCUAAUGUCCGAUACGUUAGAAGAUGUAUAUCAUUGGAUAUUUAGUCAACCGGAUUCUCCAGUGAGUUUUGAAAUAACGACCAGUUUUCCGAAGAGAAUUUUAUAUCCAUGUAGAGAAAUUUUAACAUUAUUAGACGCUGGAUUAACCCAUAGAGAAGUUCUCCAUGUUAAUGAUUUAGAUGAUUAACCUCUAUUGAUAUUUCAAUAUUGCAUUCUUUGUGUUUAAGUAUCAUUCCACGGAAAAAAUGAUACUGUCCUAAGAGACAUUUAUCAAAACAGAUAAUAAUAUAUAUAUACAUAAAAAUUAUAUAUGUAUAUAUAUAUAUAUUUGAUACAUUCGAGUAUUGUAUGUGAAGCGUAGGUCAGUGUCAGGAGUGCAGUUUUACAACAGAUCUAUAAAACGUAUUA